AUGAAUCCACAAGGGGAACGAACAGAGCCAGCGCGAUUGUCAGAAAUCAACGAUAAUGGUACAUCACAGUCCAACCAGGAGAUAAGAGACAAGAUUGAAGCAGAGGAACAGGCUUUGACUGGCCCUAAGCUAGCUCUGGUUAUAAUUUCUCUUCUCUGUGCAAUGUUUCUCGUGGCCCUGGAUCGCACAAUCAUAGCCACAGCUGUCCCCACCAUCUCUGGUCAGUUUCAUGCAGUAAAGGAUAUCAGCUGGUAUGCCAGUGCAUAUCUUCUAACCAGCAGUGCCACCCAACUUUUGUGGGGCCGCAUCUAUACCUUCUAUCCGACCAAGAUCGUUUUCCUCGUUGCUGUGCUGGUCUUUGAAAUCGGCUCUGCAGUAUGUGGCGCUGCACCCAAUUCCAAAGCUUUCAUCAUUGGACGAGCGAUAGCGGGGAUUGGAUCUGCUGGUAUCUUCAACGGCUCGACGGUUAUCAUCACUCAGAUCUUGCCUUUGCAUAAACGUCCACUGUUUGUGGGUUUUAUGGGUUCGACAUUUGGUAUUGCUUCAAUUGCGGGUCCACUCUUUGGAGGCACUUUUACGGAUCAAGUCACUUGGCGCUGGUGUUUCUACAUAAAUCUCCCGAUUGGUGGCCUCGCUUUCAUCAUCGCUGCCCUUUUUCUGCGAGCCCCGACUCUUGAUACAACACUGAGUUUGAAACGUCAAUUGAUUCGACUGGACCCUUUGGGGACGGUACUGUUUCUCCCUGGCGUGGUUUGUCUUCUUCUCGCUCUGCAGUGGGGCGGAAGUACCUAUGCGUGGAGAAGCGCGCGCAUAAUCAUACUCUUCGUUUUGUCUGGUGUGCUCCUAAUUAGCUUUGCAUUUGUGCAAGCCUGGCGCAAAGAAGACGCAACAAUCUCACCACGAAUUAUCAAGCAACGAAGUGUGGCAUCUGGAGCUGCAUAUACAUCAUGCCUUGCAGGUGCCAUGAUCUCCAUGCUAUAUGCCCUUCCAUUAUGGUUCCAGGGUGUCAAGGGUACCACUGCAGUGCAAUCAGGAAUAGACAAUAUACCAAUGGUUCUGUCUCUGGUGGUCGCCAGCAUCCUAUCCGGAGCGACGGUUACUCGAACAGGAUACUAUGUGCCAUUUAUGUUCGCCUCGGCCAUUUUCAUGGCAAUCGGCUCGGGGAUGAUCACCACGUUCAAUUUGAACACGGGCCAUUCAGCGUGGAUUGGGUAUCAAGUGCUUUUCGGACUUGGUCUGGGGAUGGGCAUGCAGCAGCCAACGAUGGGUGCACAGACAGUUCUCGACAAAGCAGAUGUCUCGACUGGUGUUGCGUUGAUGUUUCUCUUUCAAUCUCUCGGCGGUGCGGUAUGGGUUGCUGUUAGCCAGACUCUAUACACUGGUUACCUGACGAGCAAGUUGCAGAAUAUCUCAGAUAUUAACACGGGUGCAAUCCUCAACGCUGGUGCAACGGGGCUGGCAGACAUUGUACCGGCUGAAAAGCUUCAUGCUGUGUUGGUGGUCUUCAACAUGGCUCUCCAACGAGCUUUUAUACUACCCGUGGCAUUGUCAUGUGCGAUGAUUCUACCACCACUGGGCAUGGAAUGGCGUAAUGUGAAGGUGGAGAGCCAUCUACGAGAAAAUGCGACAGGUUUUAGCAAGGAUGCAAAAUCAGAGCCGAAUCUUGAGGAUCGGGAAGUUUGA